GGCUUCAUCCCCAUCUUGCGCAAACCUGAUGAAACUGCGCCCUAAUGGCUGCAAGCGCACCUAAAGAAACCGGAGCCGGAAGUGACGUAUGAAAUAUCGGUUAGAGCUCCAGCGCCGCGUUGGAUGCCUGGUUGAUACAGAGAUGAGCGGUGACAAUGUGAAGUUGUUUGUGGGGAACCUUCCUUUAGAUGCAACUCACGACGAGCUGACCAAGCUUUUUUCUCCGUUUGGAGAGAUCAACACCUGCUCUUUGCUCAGACAGUAUGCCUUUGUUACCCUGAAGGGAGAGGGGGCAGCAGACAGGGCCAUACGAAAUCUUGAUGGCAAAGAGUACAGGGGGCGGCCCUUGGUGGUCGAGGAGUCACGUGCACGUCCACCCAACUCCACCAAAGUGUUUGUGGGGAACCUCGCUGCAACAUGUUCAGCAGAUGACCUGCACGGGUUGUUCUCAACCUACGGAAGAGUACUAGACUGUGACAAAGUUAAAGCCAGAUUAUGCUCAAAUGUUGGCUAUGCAUUUGUGCACAUGGAGAGGAAGGAGGAGGCGCUGGUAGCUAUUGAAGGACUCAACGGGACCAAUUACAAGGGCCGUCAGUUGGCUGUAGAACUGUCCAAAGCCCAACCUUUGAUCAACCAGCUUGCAAUGGCUGGAAAUAACCACGGUGGAUCAGGAAGGGACGGUCUUCUUCCACGACCGCCUCCAUCACUAGAGCACCACCAGAGUCAAGCAGCUGUUCUAGCAGCAGCUGCAGCAGCCGCAGCUGGACUCCCAAUACAAGUUCAACAAAGUGUCCAUAACUCAUUCUACAACACCACAACCUUUGACCCCACCUACGCUGCCUUGAAGGGCAUUACCAGCGCUAACGGUGCAGAUGGGGUGAUCUAUGAUGCUCUUGCCAGCCAGGUAUAUGGAACUGUUGCGGACCAGGUGUACAAAGAUAUGUCCAAUCACAAUUCUGCUGCCGUAGCCCCUGUUACAGAAGCAGACUCACAGAACGGGCCAGACCCCACAACGCUUUUCGAGGCAGCAAGAGCAAAGUUCUUUCAGGAGGGACAGAAGGUUCUGGCAGAGCAGCAGAUAGGGAGAAAGGGAGCAGAGAAUGAGCGGGACCGCAGCCCAAUCAGAGGGAAUCGAGCCCCCCUUCUCCCAGACCCCGUCCCUGGUUCCUUCGGUCAGAUACGGCAGAAGCGCCGCGCCCUGCUGCCGACUCCCCCCGGAGCCCCUGAAGAGUCCCCGGCUGCCACCAACACCCCUGAAGGGUCAGAUCCUGUAGCUAGGUCGUACGAAGAGUACUACCAGCAACUGCAUCAGUACCAACAGUAUCAGCAGUACCAGCAGCAGCAACAGUACCAGUACCUCCAGUAUGCCUACACCAACCCUCCUCCUCCUCCACCACCUCCACCGGCCACCACACAGGCCUCCACCACAGCCCCUGCACCCCCAGGGACGUACUCUGCGCCCCCAACGUACGCGGCACCGGGGGCCUACCCACCGCCGGGAACAUAUGACGCGUCGGGAGGUUACGCUGCCCCCCCAGGGAGCUAUGACGCGUCUGGAGGCUACGGCCCACCGGGAGCUUACGCUGCAGCGGGAAGCUACUCCACAUCCACACCGUAUGAGCAGACAGCCGCACACGGGCAACCCAUGCCCCAGCGCCAUGAUUACCCUUACCACACGCCAGAACCCCCUUAUCGAUAGUCCCACUCCCAUACACUUCUUCCACACUGCAGAUGUGUGUGUGUGUGUGUGUGUGUGUGCGCGUGUGUGUGUGUGUGUGUGUGUGCAUGUGUAUCUACAUAAGGGACAGUUUAAAAAGGAAAAUCAGAGAGGGAGCAAGGUUGUAAUUCGAAUGUAAUUCAGAUCUAAAGCAUUUUCUCCAUCGUUUCUCUAGUCGGUCCGUCAGUUGAUUGGUUGUGUGGUUAACUUACAGAGGGACAGCUUAUAUUUGAACACUGCCAAGCGAUCGGGUUGUGUGAGAUGCUAUAGAGGCACAGUUGGUUUCUUGUUGGAUGUUUAAGAAGCUUAAGCGUUUCAUGGGACAAAGUGGAGUGGAGUCCAGGGUAGAUCUCGUUGGAGAAGCUUUUUUGUUUUUACAGAAUCGAGGCCUUUUAAUAUAAUUUACACAAACAUGUACACCAAAAAGGGGCAGUCCAUAAGCCAUGCAAAGUCAUAGUUUCAAGUAGGGAAAACACUGAUAAAUUGUGAUGGAGAAUGUUUGUCUUUAGUUUCAGGCUGGUUUCACAGUAAGGACAGGUUUAGUGCUCGUCAAGCAAUCCCAAGUAAAGAUGUUGAAUUUUUUAUUUUAGCUCAUGGAAAUCUUCAUAAAUAUCCACAACUCUUAAAUUGACAAAUGAAAUUGAUUGUUCAAAAGUCACUAAGAGUCUUGUGCAACCCUUGAUGAUUUUGUGAUUGCAUUUAGCCCGCUGGCAUUGAAAGUCUUCUUGAGGCUUCGAGUGUGUGCUGAGAGGUUACAGAUUACAUUUGCAGUCAACACAGGCCUUCCUUUUUAAUUGGCACAGUUUGCCUGACUUAAGAUCAAUAUAACCACUCUAGUUAUUCUUGUGAAGCUUUGUAGGUACAAGAGAUGGCAAAGUUUGACCCUGACUUUGACAACUACAAGAUAAAAAAACUUUGGAUGUAACAAUUUCAGCGAUUGACAUCACCUGGGUGUUCUCUUGGAUAGGUUUUCCACAGUUUAGGCCUAGCCCAGGCUUUUUAGAAGUCUACACCCUCAGGAGUUAAAUGCAUGUAUCCUGUCAGGGUUUGACACCAAAACAUUAGAAAAUAAUAUCUAAAUAUGUUUCUAGUCCUUAACAUUAUUCAGGUAAUACUCAGUUAAACCCUCACACGAGGCGUUGUGUUCAGUACAUAUUUAAAUUUGUAAAGGCCAGAAUUACAGCAAGCUUUGAUUGGCUGACGAUGGAUAUGAGCAUUAUCAAUUCUAUAAUUCCUGAUUGGUUUCUAACUUUUAAUGUUAUAAACUUUUUUUCCCAAUAUCAUCAGCUUGGUAGUUUUCAUACAUAGAAAUUCACAAUUUGGUACUUUUGUAAAUACAUACAACUUUGUUUUAAGUGGAAGGGGUAAAGCCAACUAGCAUUUGGUUGAUUGGUAAGAAUAUUGACUAUUUAUAUUUGAGAUAAAAUGAUUGUAUUUCUAAACCAGUUGGAAUAGUGAAUAGACGUGGUGAAGGAAGACCGCUGAGUUGUGUUAGUCAGUUCAAAAGGACUGAAACCUAAAGCAUUACGGUUAUCCGAUUACAGUCCUGAUUGGUAUUCGGCCGUUGUGGCUUGUGAGUGUAUAACUAAUUGCGCUCCAAGAUCAGACAUUGCAUACAAUUAGAAAUGAUUUGAUACGCCUAUAAUGCGUUGUCAUGUUGCUGAAGUGACUCGUGUGGGUUAUUGACAGUGGACAGUGUUGGUGCUGCAGGUAAACGCAAGGGUUGUUUUGGAUUUAGUAAAGGCCACUGAUUUGACUGAGCAGCAGUGAGAAGGGGCCGCGUCCCUUUCCCUUUCCCCCUUCUGAUCUCACCAGAAACACACACCUCAUUUUGAAACUAGGAGUACUGGCUUUCUCUGCAUUCUUACCACACUACACAACUUCACACUUGUAUUUAGAUGCAUUUAAAAUGGGUUCAUAGCAUUUUACUCAUGUAAAGCAGGCCACACGUGCAAAUGAUACUAAUGCACACCUGUUUGCAGCUGUAUGUCAUGUGACUUGGAGUAGAACGGUUUGUGAUUGUACCACACACUCAUUUCUUUAUCGCCACCUGACUUGGUAGUGCUGUGUUAGGUUUAAGUGACACAUAGCCUCUCUAAAUGUCCACAUAAUUCCACCAAUCUCCAUGUGAACUGUUAGUUGCAUGCCUUGUUGUUGCUGCUGCUCCAGCCACCUUCUUCCUCUUGCUGAUUAUUGCAGCUAGAGUGGGAGGGAGCCAAACUGAGCCCUUGCCCCGGACGUACGCCACACGCAGCUGUAGCGUGGGAUGGGAAAAACAGCAGCGUUAGGCCUGAAACUGCUGUGGACGAUGGGGUGUCCCCCCACUAAGGUAAACACUCAGACCACACACUCCUGUCCCUCCCCGAAAACACACAAACACACACACGCACACAUACAGAAACAUCUUUGUCCAUACUUUUACCUUGCCUGUCUUCAGGGAGUUUUGUUUGUCAGGAUUUCAGAUUUUUGGAAAUGGAUCUCCCCCAUCCUUUUUUAAUAGGAGAUUACCUUUUUUCCUGCUUUUGAUAUCCCUGAUCAUAUCACUGCUUUAGGAUACUAUGCUCAUACAUUCCUGCUCCCGACAUACUGACCGCUCACACACAGCAGAUUUGGAGGACACGUUAACCAUCUUUUAGUCUAAAUCUGAAGCAGGCAUGUCGUCAGUACAUCCUGAAUAUAACAGCCUGUCAUUGAACUACCAGGCAAUCACAGCCAGAGCUGGACGCGGGACAUUUAGGUAGGAUGGGUUGUUUUUGUAAAUGUGCCCCUGCGGCCACUUUGGGGUUAAGUGCCUUGCGUAAGAGCACAUAGGUAAGCCCUUCAUUUCAGAGUUGAAUAACCUGGCUCAGGAUCGGUUGCUGGUUCAACGCUCAACUCCCCCCUCUCCCCUAAAACAACGAUUUUUGAUGCCACAUUCAACUUGUAUGAAUGACAAUGAACACAGAUAUUAUCAUUUUGUUUUAAAUUACAUUUUGUCCUUAUGUUCUUGGAAAUGUUUAAUUAUCAAUAAAUACAUUUGAACUGAA